AUGGGAGGACGAAGAGCGCCGUGCAGGACCACCGUGCAGGACCACCGUACAGGACCACCGUGCAGGACCACCGUACAGGACCACCGUACAGGACCACCGUACAGGACCACCGUACAGGACCACCGUACAGGACCACCGUACAGGACCACCCACCGUACAGGACCACCGUACAGGACCACCGUACAGGACCACCGUACAGGACCACCGUACAGGACCACCCACCGUACAGGACCACCGUACAGGACCACCGUACAGGACCACCGUACAGGACCACCCACCGUACAGGACCACCGUACAGGACCACCGUACAGGACCACCGUACAGGACCACCGUACAGGACCACCCACCGUACAGGACCACCGUACAGGACCACCGUACAGGACCGCCGUACAGGACCGCCGUACAGGACCACCGUACAGGACCGCCGUACAGGACCGCCGUACAGGACCACCGUACAGGACCGCCGUACAGGACCACCGUACAGGACCGCCGUACAGGACCACCGUACAGGACCACCGUACAGGACCACCGUACAGGACCACCGUACAGGACCGCCGUACAGGACCGCCGUACAGGACCACCGUGCAGGACCACCGUACAGGACCACCGUACAGGACCACCGUACAGGACCACCGUACAGGACCACCGUACAGGACCGCCGUACAGGACCGCCGUACAGGACCACCGUACAGGACCACCGUACAGGACCACCGUACAGGACCACCGUACAGGACCACCGUACAGGACCACCGUACAGGACCACCGUACAGGACCACCGUACAGGACCACCGUACAGGCUCACCGUACAGGACCACCGUACAGGACCACCCACCGUACAGGACCACCGUACAGGACCACCGUACAGGACCACCGUACAGGACCACCGUACAGGACCACCGUACAGGACCACCGUACAGGACCACCGUACCUCCCUUACAAACAUCACCAUUAACCAACUGA